AUGGGCCAUUCCUCUGACUCCUGGUGUGAUUAUGUGGUGGUAUCUGACUCAUUGGAGGGUCUUGCGCCUGCAGUUGUGAGGAAACCUAAGGCGGAACCUAGGGAUACUGCUGACAUCCCUCCGUCAAAUCCUGAUGACCCUAUUGACUUAGAGUCAAGUCCCGAGCAUUUGUUGAAGCCAAAGGCGGGAAAGAGAAAACAGACUGAUACUGAGGCUGAAGGGCAGCCUGCCAAGAAGGUUCAAAGGAAGAAAAUCACCAGAAGAGGCAAACUUGAUGCCUUCAUUGCGAAACCGGUUCUUGAAAAACCAAGUUCUCCUGUUCACGCGGAGCCAUCAUCCGCGGUUAAUGAAGAUCUUCCGCCCUCACCUCCUCGCGCCCCGAUUAGCGAGCAGUUAGAGAGCACUAAAGCUGCUGGCGAUGAUGAGGUGGAGAAGACUGCUGGGGCAGAGAACCCUGAGGUUGAAAAACCUGCUGAUGUUGCUGCGGAAUCGGAGAAAGUUAUUAGCCCGGAGACUGUGGAUGUUGAUGUUGGGCGUCCAAAGUCUCCUGAAGUUGUUGCGCGGGACCCGGAGAAAGGAAAAUCUGCUCAAGAGAUUCCUAUAACAAUUUCUCCUUCCGCGGCUUUUGGUUCUGUCCAUGAGAAUAUCGAGAGGAAUCCUGGUGGAGACCAGGGUUCUUUUAUUCAAGCUGAUGAAAAUUCUCGUAUCCGCCCGGAUGAAACUCCAGGGGAUUAUUAUUAUAGAUGCUACUCGGAGAAACAGGCGGAUGAGGUUCAUACGCCGGUGUGGAAGUUGAAGACAGGGGAUACUUUCUCUGAUUGGCACGUGUGCCAUGAGUGGUUGCAGGGAACUUUUCCUCCUGGGGAAAUUAAGUUCCAAGAGGGGCGUCCUCCUGAGCAGACUUAUCAUGCCUACCUUGAAGAAGCUGCUACUUAUACAUCCACUAUGCAUCGUAUAGUGUGUGAAUGGCGUAGUAUGCACAAGGAAUGGGCUGCUUUUGAAGCGUCUCAGAAGAAAGCUGCUGAGGAUGAGGCCCGAGCUGCCCUAUUGAGGGCUAAGUUAGAAUCCGAUCGAGCCAAGUUUGAGAAUGAUCAAAAGACUGAGGAAUGGUCUAUUGCGGGGUGGAAGAGGAAGGCAGAGGCUGAAGCUGCUCUCCUUUCCAAAGAGCAUAAAAAUUGGAAGGAAAUUUGUGAGAAAGAUAAUAAAGAAAAAAUGGGUCUUCGCAAUACCAUUAAUAAUCUCAAAGCUGAGGCUGAGAGAUUAAAGAAACAAGAUGCAGAGAUUGAGAGAUUAAAACAAGAGAAGGCUGAAGCCGAAGCAGCGCGUGAUGAGGUGUAA